CCUUGGUCCCCGAUCGCGAUUGCGACGAGACCGCCCCUGCCGUCCUCGCCGCCGCGCACCUGCUCCGCCACCUGCUCCGCCGCCGAUCUCCAUGUGGGCCUCCCUCACGCGCAAGCACAGCCAAGCGACCAGCCUCACCGCUGGUUCGACCGAGCAAGACCCCACCGCCUGGUCGGCCCCGCUGACGCCACCAGCGGGUCAGUACUCAAUCAACCUGCGGGUGUCCCGAGAAGAUGUGGCUUCUCACUGGGACAACGAGUACCCGGCCAUGGUGUGGGAGAACUCGCGGCUCUCAAUCACGGGCGGUGGUGUGCCCGAGGGCAGGUUGCGGCUGGCCCUACGGCUGCUCCUUGCUGCGCCGGCAUGCGUGUGGGAGGCUGUCCGGUGGAACCUCGUCUGGCGCAGCCUGCUGCAGCCGGGUGUUACGAGGGACGCACUGCUCCUCGUGUGGACGUUCACUCUGCUGGCGGACCUGAUGCUCCUUCCGCUGGUCGGGAGGUGGAGCGACGGGAUGCGCUCGCGCCUCGGCCGGCGAAAGCCUCUCCUCGUCGCUGCUGCGGUCCUCGGCGCGCUCGCCGCGGCGUGGGUGCCAGACGCGCCACAGCUGUGUGCCUUCACCUUCCUCGCCUUUGCAGCCUGCAGCCCGCUCUUCCUCGUCGGGCACGGCUCCCUCCUCGUCGAGGUGACGCCGCUGCACCACUGCCGCGCCUCCCUCCUGGCGGGCACCGAGGCGGCGCGCGCUGCGGGCUCUCUCAUCGGAAUCGGCCUCCCGCUGGCGCUGGGUGUCGAACCAGCGGACGCGACGAGCCGGCUGCUGGCAGCGCUGCUGAGCAUCUUGCUUCUCGCGAGCGCGGGGCUGCUCGCCGCCCUCGUGCCGGAGCGGUCCGUCGAGCUGCUCC